UCUUGUUCAUCUUUUAGCAGGUAUUAGUUUUAAGAAAUAUAUAGCACAAGUAGAAACUGUGACAAAUAUGGCGGAUGAUUUAAUUUUCUCUCCGCAACCUCGAAUGUUUAUAGACCUCAUACCACCAGAAGAAGAAUUUGAGAACGUUACCAUACCACUGGAAGGAGAGGAAUUAUGUGAACCGCUGAAACAAUCCUAUUUACUUGUUGUAUCUGUGGCUCCAGGACUGGUGGCGGUUGAAAAUCUUGCGUUCUUGUUUGCCGUGCUGCUGUACAGAAAGAAACUGAAGCACAAUAACGUAUACACGUAUGUCACGAGCGCACUCAUUGCCAAUGUUUUGACGAGUUUGUGGGCGUUCUACCACUUUAUCAACUACUAUUUUGGACUAGAAAGCAAGGAACCAACUCAUUGGUGGGCGUUUCGUAAGGGUAUGACAGCAGGAUUCAGUCUCAUUUUAUGUGGUAACAUUGGACUCCUCAUUUAUGCUAUUGAAGACAACACUUAUAUGGUCGGAAGAUUGGUGUCUGGAACCAUCACCACCAUAAAGUCAAAUAAUAGGAUGAACCGAAACUUUCGCUGGAGAAAAGCAUUAUUUCUUAUCACAUUCGCUUGGAUUAUACCUGUUAUUUACGGAUUACUUGCUAUGACGCCUUGGAAUUGUACAUGGGAUUGUACUUGCACACUUUAUCUUGCUAGUGGAACCCCGCUUUGUCCAGGAAAAGACUGUUCUCGGUUAUACACACCGAUGGCUAAAUCAUAUUUGCUUUGCAUCGUAAUUAUUUGGGCACUGGAGUGCGGCUUCCUACUUUUUGUCAUCUGCAAAGCUGCUAUAUCAUUCCCGAAGCUCGGAAGUCCGUCAAAUCGCGUCGAUAAUGCGUACUCUACUACAACGAAUGUAACUUCACCCGAUCCCUCGAAUAAUAACUUAUCUAAAAGAAAAUCAAGCAAUAUUCGAAAAUUCUCCCCAAAAAUGGCGCGUUCCUACCGCUUCCCAUUCUUCUUACUGGGUUUGUUCAUUUGCUGCACAAUGCCGGCUAUGAUUUUAUUCAUACUUGAUUUUGCUUUGCUGGCCUUCAAACCCGGUGCCAUCACCGUAAACGUCAUCACACCACUUCCUCUUUUAUAUUGCGUCAUCAGUCCAAUUUUACUGACGAAGCGGUUGUCCGGAAUGCGGUCAGCAGUCCAAAUGGCAUUGUCGUUCAAUUGGCUCAAAGGCGGAUGCAAUAACUUUUCGAAUAAAAGAAGAAAGUCGAUGGGAAAUUCAACUAUAAGAGGAUCGGUGAUUUCAGUCACUCGUAACUCAGAAGCGAAAUUUGAUAGUAAAGGGAGUAUGCCACCAACAUCAGUUUGAGCGCAAUGGGCCUCUGGAUGAAUAAACUCUAAGCUAUGCUGCCCAGGAUUGGAUGCAACUUUCGAGUAAUUCAUCGUCAUGGUACACGUUGUACAAGAUUGAUGCUAUGCCUACAGUUUCAAACAUGAAGUGGACUCAUAGUGACUGUUUUUUUCAUAUGGGAAAUUUUUGUUAUGUCGUUUGAAGGUAUAUAAUAUCAACGAUAUAUAUAAUAAAUACGACCUCAAUUUUGCGAUAAAAUUGCGAAAUUGAAAAAACUUUCACAAAUAAACGAUAGCUAAUAUGAAGUUACAACUCUUAGUUAUCGUUCAUUUGUCAAAGUGUCCAUCGUUUGGAUUUGUCCAAGCAUGUUUAUAUGUUCACCAAAAAGGUAAUGGAACUUACCAUCAGAGUCUGAUACGUGGAUGUAUAUAACUGAACUGAUGUAUAUUUAUACGUGAUGGUACUUGUGGAGCAUGAGAUUAUUUGAGAUGAAAAAAUUUUUUUUUUGGUUUUCGAUAUUUCGGAUGAUGACAUUUUUGUGAUAGUUCCCGAUAUUAUGUUUCUCUCACACGUCCCAAUCAAGUAUGCUAGUUUUUGCUAUUAUAUUUCGUAUUUUUUGACGAAAAAGGAUUUGAACGCAUAGGUUAUAAUGUUUGUGAAUAUUUCAUUUAUAAAACAAUCAGAAACCACAUCUUUUAAAGAAUUUAUAUUAGUGUGGACAGGGGU